CAUCUUUAAAACCCACCUGCUGCCAUGUCUGACCUUCUUGUCGUCUUCCUGCUUCUCACGUUCUCCUGCACAGGUUCCUCACAGGAAACAGCUCCACCUCAGAUGGUCACAGCAUUAGUUGGUGAUGACGUUGUUUUGCCGUGCCUCCUGAAACCUCCCAGAGAUGCUGCUCAGAUGACCGUGGAGUGGGGGAAACUGGACCUGGAACCCAGGUUUGUGUUUGUGAGGCAUGCUGGGAAGGAACAUCUGGCCGACCAAAACCGAGCCUACAAGGGAAGAACUUCUCUGUCAGAAGACAAACUGAAGGACGGAGACGUCUCUCUGAAGCUCUAUGAUGCGAGACACUCCGACAACGGACGAUACAGAUGCUACAUCCCGAAGGAAGUAGAAGGACAUUUUGUUGAGCUCCUGGUUGGUUCAGUUUCCUCAGCUGGGAUCAGUUUAUCAGGAUUUGAUGAAGGCAGCAGUGGGGUGAUGUUGGACUGUAAGUCUGCAGGCUGGUUUCCAGAACCGCAGCUCUUCUGGUUGGACGGGGAGGGGAACGUCCUCCCUGCUGGACCUCCAGAGACCAGCAGAGGUCCUGAUGGUCUGUAUUCUGUCAGCAGCAGAGUUACUGUGGAGAAAAGACACAAGAACAACUUCACCUGCAGAGUCCAACAGAAGGACAUGAACCAGAGCAGAGAGACACACGUCCAUGUUCCAGACCAGUUCUUCAUGGUCCACUGUAAAAACUCAGUUCCUGUCAUCUUGGCUGUAGUUCUGUGUUUCAUCCUGAUUGUUGCUGUUGUUGUUUUUAUCUGGAGAUGGAGACAAAGAAAAGUCUCAACGGAUAAACAAGCAGAGAAUAAAAAUGAAGAGCAAGGACACCUGAUGGGUGAAGAAAGGUCUAAACGUGAGGAGGAGUUACUGAGGAUUAAGAUUAAAGAUGAGGAAUAUUUGAAACACAACUUUGAUGUUUUCAUGAAGAUAAAAGAAGAACUGGAGGAGCUGAAAAAACAACUCAUUGUCCUCAAAGAGGAGGAAGAGAAAGAGUUUGAAGAGAAUGAUAAGAUGUUUAAGGAAGUCGAGUUUAAAAUUAAAACCUCAAAGAAGGGAGAUGUUCGCAUUAAUGCAGAAGAUUAUGAAAAACUGAAAGAGUUCAUGAAGCAGCACAACAACAAACUUGAAGAGAGAAAGACAAAACAUGAAAAGCUGGAACUGAACUCAGAUCAGUUAAUUAACAAAGUGAGAGGAGAAGUUGAAAUGAUGGAGGAAAAGAAACCAGAGUAG